AUGUCAGUAUCUCAUAACUGUAUCCCUUUGGACAACAACGAUACGAUUAGCGAUGAUACAAACUCUAGUGAUAGCGGCAACUCCGCAAAUUAUGACGAUUAUAUAAAGAUUGCUACACAAAAUAAUUUUUCAAUGGUAAUGGAAUUGGAUUUAUUAGGCUGUGUUAAAUAUAUCUCUUCACAACAAUGGGAAAGUUUAUUAGGUGUUAGUGCCCCUAAUAAUUUUCAAAAAAUUUCAGAAUUCGUUUCUGGUACUCCACAGGAUAAAGCUGUCUUUGAUAAUGCAGUAGAAAUGAUGUUACAAAAUGAUGAUAUUAGCUAUACCGUAACGUUUAAUACAUGGGAUUCUCAGGAUUCUUUAGUUCCACUAGAAGCUUGUGGGAUUCUUAUAAAAGAUCCACAUACUCAUGAACCAUUAUAUUCAAUGUGGAAUAUGAAACCAUAUACUGAACAACAACAUAAAUUAGCAUUACAACAAUUAUUACCAGAAUCAUUUAUUAAAAAAUUAGGAUUUGGUGCAACUAUAUUUGCUUCAUAUAUUAGACAAAUUGAAAAUAGUGGCGUAAUUAAUGAUAUCGAUUUACCAAUACCAAGAAUGGAACUCUGUAGAGUUUGUGAAACUUUUGUACCUGCUUGGUGGUUAGAAACUCAUUCACAAAAUUGUGUCGUUGAACAUAGAAUUCAAUCAGUUGUACAAUUAUUACAUGAUAAUCUUGUUGAACAAGAGAAAAGACUUAAUGAAGAAUUGAAAAAUGAUGAAUGGACAAUUAGACAACAAAACUUAUUAGAAUCAUUAAAAGAAUUAGUAGAAUAUGCAAUAGAUGUAAAUCCAAGUGAACCAACUACAGAACAACAAUAUCGAACAAAUAUAAAUGAUGAUACAAGUUAUUUUACGAGUACAAAUUUUCAAUUUUCACCAAAUACAAAGACUAAUAUUCAAUAUAUUGAUAAUUGGAAUUAUCCAGAUCUACAAGAUUGUAUAGAUGAACUCCGAGAUGACUCUAUUUUGACUCAAUUAAUUUCAGACACGAUAGAACUUACAAAGAAAAAAGUUGAUUCUGUUCGUAGACUUGAUAAUGCAAUGAAAUAUUCUCAACGUAUUAAAGAUGAAGUAAAUGAUAUUGCUAUGCAACUUAUUCGUGAACAAGUUGAAAAUAAUAGAUUGAAACAAGCUCAUUCAUUAAGUGCACAAUUCGUUACACCAACCGGGACAAGUUCAACACCAACUCUACCACAUGUAUCAUUAUCACCAACAAAUGCAAACUAUCAUUCCAUGGAUUCUUUAUUACAUAAAAUUCCUUCCAUAUAUGAACCGACAGAUAAUGAUUUACAAGAGACACCAUCUCAAUUAGAUUCUAACACAUUACGAACCUUAGGUACAGCUGCUACAUUUACACAAAGCCAUCAUAAUGAAACUUUUAAUACAAUAGACCCCAACAAGAUAGAAUUACCUACUUUAGUUACACCACAACCAAAACAUGUGAAUGAUACUGAUAAUCAUGAUAAUAGUAAAUUGUUCUCAGAAUCAUAUUUGAAAAAUGAUGAAUUACCAAGGAUGGGAUCCACUACACACAGUAGUCUAAGUAUCUCGAAAUUCACUGAUGAUACACCCAAUCGGGACAAAUUAUCUACACCAGAACCUCAUCAAUCAAAAUAUCCUAGACAUAUUUCAAGAUCGAUAACACCCAGCACUCAACUAGAUUACGAUAUGUACCAAUCAGAUACAUCACAUGAACGUAAUAACUCCAGUUUUAAUAGUAGUAAUAGCGUUUCAAAUUCGUCAUACCAGACUCCACAAAUGUCAACUACAAAAUUUUCAAACACUAAUUCCAUAAGUCAACUUCAAAGUACUUCUAAUUUAAAUUCGAAUUUACCAAAACUAUCAACAACGAUAUCUUUGACACCAAGAAGAGGAUCACCUCUACCAUCAAACAUAUCUUCAUAUAAUAAUGCAACUAUAAAACCAUUAGAUGAUCCACAAUUGCGUCAUUUUAAUAACUCAAUCCAUUCAAAUACACCAUCAAAUUUUCAUAAUCAAAUGUUGAGAUUGGAUCUAGAAAAAUCUCCAAUAAGUUCGCCAUUUGCUCUUGCCAGGGAUUUCUUAACACCGGAACAAUUCCCAAACAAUCCUGCAUCUCCUAACCAACCUCUAUCACCAUUAUUGUUAGCAACAAAUCAAGUAAAAACAGCUCAACCUAGUAUCCGUGAUUAUGACAUUUUGAAACCUAUCAGUAAGGGUGCCUACGGUAGUGUAUAUUUAGCUAGAAAGAAAUUAACAGGUGAUUAUUUUGCUGUGAAAGUACUAAGGAAAUCAGACAUGAUUGCCAAGAAUCAAGUCAUGAAUGUAAAAUCUGAAAGGGCCAUCAUGAUGUUUCAAAGUGAUAAACCGUAUGUGGCAAAACUUUUUGCUACUUUCCAAAAUAAGGACAAUCUAUUUCUGGUUAUGGAAUAUUUACCUGGUGGUGACUUAGCAACUCUGAUCAAAAUGAUGGAUAUAUUACCAGAUGAGUGGGUGAGACAAUAUCUAGCUGAAAUUAUAAUUGGUGUAGACGAUAUGCACCAAAAUGGUAUCAUUCAUCACGAUUUGAAGCCUGAUAACCUACUGAUCGAUAAUAAAGGCCAUAUAAAAUUAACAGAUUUUGGUUUAUCUAGGGCUGGGUUGGUACGAAGACAUAAAAUCUUUACUAGAUCAAAAUCUGUAACUUCUAACAACUCAAACGACGAAACUGAGAUUAAUAAAAGUUCCAUUCAGUCAUCUGUUUCUGAAACUAUAGGUACUACAAAGACCAAAAAGAGAUCAAUCUCAUCACUAAAGCCACCCGAAUCUGAUUUUUUGAGUACCCCUACUCCUCGUGCUGACAGUACGAAUAACAACGAUUUUUUGAAUAUUACGAAGAAUGAUUCGCAACUAUCUCUUUCUCUAUUUGAGGUUUCACGAGCAAGUACCCCUCCUCCACAAAAUUUCACGAACUUUUCCACACCAUCUGGUAGCAAAACUGAAGCCACCUCAACCAACGAUACCAAUUUAUCAAACUAUUCCGUUCCAAAUAUCCAAAAAACAACACAUAGCAACAGUAUGUCUACUGUUUCCUCUAAUACAUCUCAUAAUUCAGAUUUAGCCUUGUUUCAUCCAGAGGACUCGAAACAAGAUAAAAAAUUCUUUGGGACGCCAGAUUAUUUGGCACCCGAAACCAUCAAAGGAACUGGCGAAGGCGAUGAAUGUGAUUGGUGGUCUGUCGGUUGUAUAAUGUUUGAACUUUUAUUAGGAUAUCCUCCAUUUCAUGCAAACUCCCCGGAAGCUGUCUUUAGAAAUAUUUUGGCGGGGAAUAUACAAUGGCCAUUAUUCGAUUCUGCUGAAGAAGAAAGUGAAUUUUUAUCGAAGGAUGCAAAAGAUUUGAUUACAAAGUUACUUGUCCUUGAUCCAACACAGCGUUUAGGUGUAAAUGGUGCCGAAGAGGUAAAGGACCAUCCUUAUUUCAAGACCAUUGAUUGGAAAAAUGUCUACGACGAAGAACCAUCAUUUGUACCAACAGUUGACAACCCUGAGAAUACAGAAUAUUUCGACCCUAGAGGUGCCAUCUUAGAGAAUUUAGAGGAUAGUGACGACGAAGCCUCAAAGACAAAAGAAGAGUAUAAUAUAACGGAUAAUAGUGAUAUUCCAAUAUUGAAUACAAGUGACGGAUUAUCCUUAUCUACGCCGAAGGGAACACCGAUAUCAUCUGCUCCACGCGAAUGGUCUGGAACCUCAAUGGCUGGGACAGGCGAAUAUUUAAGUCCUGUCAAUAAAUUAAGUAUAUCUUCUGUACUUGAAUCUAUUGAUAAUUCAAAUACAAUGGGUCAAAUACCUGAAAACACAGGGAGAAACUCAUCAGUUCCCAAAAGUAUGUCCUUGGCUAUCCCUCCUCAUAUGAGAGAGAGAAGAGCCAGUAAAUUAAAUGAUGCACAAACUGAAUUUGGAUCAUUUUACUUCAGAAAUUUAUCUGCUCUUGAUAAAGCCAACAAAGAUGUUAUUAAUAGGCUUAAGAAUGAGCAUUUCAGUGACAUACCGCGUGUUCACAGAAGGACAUCGUCCGGAUCAGUGGCUGGCUCUUCAUCAGAUACAUCGUCUUCCAAAAUUAAAUUGCACAGAAGUUCACUAACUGGGUCCCCAGCUUUUAACCCAAUGCCGAAGAAUUUAAUGCGAUCAGAUUCGUCAUCUAUUAAAUCAUUUUCACCUGAAAGGUCGAACAGUAUAGACCAAGGACUUGGUAACAUUUCAAGAAAGGGAAGUAUAAUAAGUGCUAUUGAUAAAAAUACGCCAAUAUCGUCGAACUUUAUUGGAACAUAUACAAAGUCUCCGAAUGCACUUUUUUUCAGUGAUACUGAUUCUCCAACAACUUCAAAAUUUAAAUCUCCUUUAUCACCUGCAUCUAAUACAUUUAACAAAGCACAUAGGAGUAAGCUACUUUCCAAGACAAUAAUAAAUUCUCAACGAAGUAGUACAGCUGAGAUUUCAUCUGAUGAGACAGAUAGACUUCAAGCAGUUGCAAGAGUGAAUACUCUAAGACACAGAAGAAGAAGUAGCAGACGUGAAUCUAAUAAUACAAAUAAUGAAAUAGGUUAUCAUAUGGACAUUCUUCUUUGUGAGCCAAUCCCUAUUCACAGGUAUCGUGCCGCCAAAGAUCUAGAAGACAUGGGUUGUACUGUUGUUACGGCAAGCGCUGGUGACGAACUAGUUAGUAAAGCUACCAGUGGUAUCACAUUUGACCUUAUCUUGAUUCCAUUGAAACUCAUGAAUUUUAAUGUGUUAGACAUUAUUAAAUUAAUCAAGCAUACGAAUGAUAUUAAUGCCAAAACGCCUAUUAUUGCUAUCACAAACUACUACCAAGAAGCUAUUAGUACAAACAUGUUUGACGAUGUCAUGGAAAAGCCUAUUGAUUCGGCUCAGUUACGAAGAAUAUUGUCCAAAUAUGCUCUAAAGAGAAGUCAAGAAGAGGCUGAAGAUACAAUCAUUAGUGACAGUGACGAAAUGUCAUCAAACGUUGCCCAUUGA